AUGAACGAAAGUCUCGCCGCCCGACAGGAAGCUUUGCAGCGGCAGAACCAGGAGCUAAACCAGCAGGUAGAGGCUAUCGAACAGCGUCGACAGCAGUUGACAUCUAGAAGCAGACCAACUUCUUCGUCGUCGACGACUUCGCUACGUGGGACUCGAUCUGCUUCGCCUCAAGCCCGAUCACCAGUCCGCAAAACUGAUAAUGACGACGAUCUUAACCAGCAAAGCGACCCAAAGACAGGUUUGGAGAUUGAAUUGAGUGCUUCCAUCGACUCUUUGGGCUCGCAAGACCUGAAAGAGGCACGUCGUCAGCUCGCUAAAAGUGAGAGUAAAGAGAAAGUGUCAACGGGCUCGAGAAGGAACUCAGCGAAAAGAUCUCAACGAAAAAAGCACCCAGAUGAGAGUAACUCUUCACCUAAUGACGCACCUCGCAGCAAGAAGAAAAGCGGCAGUGUCGGUGCCAUCCCUGACAAUGUAACCCCCAUCCGAGACAGUGAACCAGAAGGUCUGGGCCUCGAAGCAACAGUGCGGUACCAGAAAGCGCGUCUGCGUAUAUUGCAAGACGAGGCAGACGCAGCAAUAGCUCGAGGGGAAGAAUUGCAAACAGCGCAGGCGGCAUUGAAAGUUGAGAUCGACAAUCUCAAAGCUGAAAAUGCAACAUUAACCAAGAAACACCAGCAGACUCAGCAACUUUUAGAAAAACAACGCGAGCUUUCACUGGCUCAGGAGGAGAAACAACGGAUCCUCGAAGGCCAGUUGGCAUCGGCUCAAGCGCGCGUUGAAGAUGCUCAGCGAGCAGAGAAGCUGGCAUCGCAUCAGUUUCGCUCGAAGGACGUGCGUCUUAAUCGAGCGCUGGAAGAACUAGAAAAGGUGAAAGCGCAGCUACAGGACGAGAGGAAGAACCAUGACGAGCAAAUGGUCACCAAAGCAGAUUAUGAUCAAAUUGUACGCGACAAUAAAAAGCUCGACAAGCAGAAGGGAGAACUUUUAGCCGCUUUUAAGAAACAAAUGAAGCUCAUUGAUCUGCUCAAACGCCAACGAGUUCAUAUGGAGGCAGCAAAGAUGCUUUCAUUUACAGAAGCCGAGUUCAGCAAGACGUUGGAGCUUGGCUAAGCCUAGCAUUCUUAUCAACACGUUGACGCAGGCGGUGAGCUUACUUCAUUUGCAUCAGCUCGUGCUGUAAGGUGAACUGAGCUUCAACGCGUUGGGCUUCGAGCACUCGUGUCAAUUCGAUCUGCACAGUCAGAAAUUGUUAAUUAGAUCGACAUGAACGAUAGUGCUCGAAAUGUGACUAUGCC